AUGUACGUGGUGGUCAAUAUACAGGCGGGUCAGCCGCUUGUGGAUCUUAUGACCAUAUUGGUACAUAUUUUUCUGUCAUUUUAAUCAUUCUCCAGCCUAUUCACGAACAUAACUAGCCUUUACAAUAUUCUUUGACAAUUUUUUUCAUAAAUUGACGAUUUUGUAUAAAAAAAGUUUAGAAAAAGUGUAUAUUUUUCGUGUUUCUAGAAAUAAUAAGUGUUUUGAACUUUGACUGAAUUUUUUUAUAAACCAACUGGAUGGUGGUGAAAAUGAAAAAAAUUUGCGAAAGCAGCUUCAUGAAAAAAAGAGGGAAAACAUAACUUCCAUCAUAAAAAUAUAAAAUCGAAACAUUUUUCAGGCCUCACGAAUGUUGACGUUCUCUGUGACGGACGACCUUCGGAAAAAUGUGCACCGCUUGUGAGAAUUUUUCUGAGGGAAAAGGAAAAAUUCUUUUGAUAAAAAAAGUUUUUUUCAUUUUUCUGCAAGGUGUGAAAUUUGGUUUUUGCAACAAGUUCAAAAAUUGAUUUUUCACAAAUUUUUUUCUAGUAAUUAUUUUUAUUUUUUUCGAUACGUUAAUGUCGAUAACUUUUUUUGAAAAAAAUAUAGCAUAAUUGAGCAAAAAGUUAUCAAACUGUUUUUUUUAAAUUUUUCCAACAAAUCGAUCGUGAAGAGCUUGAAUACGAAACAGAAAAAAGAAAUUUUGCGAAUAAACGGCUUUUAUCAGUCUAUUGUUCAGCAAACCACGACCUGAGGGAAGUUUCAACACAGACCGAGGUCCCCGUUGAAGAAAUGGACCUUUCGCAGGGUUUUUUGGUUCACGACGUGGUAGGUUUUCCGUUGAUUUUUUAUAAAUGAGUCAAUCGAGUAAUAUUAAUCGUUUAAUUGAAAGUAAAAAGAAUAAAUAAAGUUAUAGAAUGAGUUUUAGAAAAAGUUCUCAAAUUGUGAAAUUAUGAGCAAACCUUCUCUCAUACUGAUGGGGGUUAGUCCAGCCAUGUUAACCCGGGUCUCAGCGGACACCUUGAUUUUACCUAUAGGUAAAACUUUUCAGGUCAUUUUAGGGCUGUUUUUUCCUCUUACCCCUAUAGGGACCAUUCUAAAAUUUCCAAGUCUCCAUGUUCAACCCGAAUAGGCACAGUCAUUAAAACUUAAACUUUCGGCGUUUUUUAUCCCAGCUGAUGCACCGCUUUAGCACAGUUGGGUCACCAAUUUUCGAAAUAAACCCAGCUGGGUCACCUGGUUUUUCUUAAACUCCCUGUUACCCCGUUUUAGCCUAACUGAGACCCAAACAGCCUAAAAAACAACGGUUUAACAUAGGCGAAUCGAGAAAAGGGUAUCGCGAGACCCUCCGAAUUCUCACGAUGGUACCUCGAGUAUACCUCUGAGGAUUUUGAGCAAAAAGAGACUUGAGAGAGGCUCUAAAGUACCUCCGAGAUGGCUCAGAUAUAGCUAAAGGUAUGCCGGAGGUCUCAAGAUGGACAUAUUAUGGGGUCUUCACGAUCCAUUUUGAGAGGUACCUUUGUGGACACAUUAUGGUACCUUCUCGAUUCGCCUGUGAUUACGGGUACACUCGUUGAGGCACCUAGCUACCAUGCGAGUUCUAAACGACUUUUUUCCUUUCAAAUUUCAUAUUUUCAGACAGUCAACUCGACGAGAAACUUCGAUGAACUCGAAGCCAGUGUUUCUGUAACUCCGUCCGUCAAAAUUGAAGAAACAUCGCCAGUAACUCCGAACGCACAGCUCCAGGAACAAAUUAUCCGCAGUCUUUUCAGCCGCAAAACUGCCGGACUCUCUACGGUAUUUUCUUGAUCUUCAAAAAACAAGUACUCUCCUAGAUUGGCCAGUUUUGGGAAAAUUAAAAGUUUAAAAACUUUUUAAAUCUAUCAGGUCCAUUUUUCAAAUAUUCCCAGUGAGAAAUGUAACCGUUACUACAUAUGCAAAAUCGGAAAAGGUUCCAUAUAUAUGUUCCUUUUAGGGUGAGAAAGGUUCCUUUUUUGCGCCAUUUCAUCGGCUCUUAUGUACCAUUUUUGAUGCUUCUCCUAUUUUUCUUGAGCCUUUAAAAUCCCAGAAAAAUGGAAGGCUCGAUAAAGGGACUCUUUUUGCUGCUUUUCUGAGACCUUUUUGCUGCCAUUCUGCAGCCUUUUUGGAGUCUCUCUCUUUGAACGGCCACUAUCCACCAUUCCGUCUUUGCCCGAGUAUUCAGAAAUGCUAUAAAAAUGUUUAUUUAGUAUCGAUUGUACUCUUUUCUCCAGGGCGAUGACCAUAUGGAUUCUGGCGACGAUGGCGAGGAGGAUUUCGAGGAUGAGAUCGUAUCCACGAAGCCAAAAACUCCUGCCGACAAUCCCAGCUUCAACAAGUUCAACAUGAAGAAGCGGGGAAUGUGCCAUGUAAUUGGAAAACAUCCGUGAAAGUAUGAAAGAUAUUUUUCCAGGUUUGUAAACGGGAAGUUUCCGUUAUUUCAACGCACAAACGACGGCACGCCAUCACUCAUCUUGGCUUCAAAACGUGGGGGUUUUUUUUGUGAUGAAAUAAGGGACCGUAUAUUUUUGCAAACAUCAAGAGUUUACUGGGAAAAACAGCGCGCAAGUCAAAAAAUUAACGAGCGCGCAUGCAUCAGUUUAGAGAGCACGAUAAACUUGGAGAGACCAGAGUCUUCAGGUUCUACGCAUCUGCCAAAAAAAUUGGCAUGCCAAAGGUCCUUAGACAGUGUGCAGAAUCUGGAGGGACCAGCGCGUAGGUCCUUAGACAGUGUGUAGAAUGGGUAGAGAGCAGGGUGCAGGUAAUUAGACAGUGUUUAGAAUGUGGAGAGUACGAGUCUGGUCUCUCUCUGUUUUCCGUGCUCUCUUAACUGACUUGUGCGCGUUUUUGAAAUUUUUUGGUCGUUUCGCGGUAGAGCGCAUGAAAAUUUUAAGUUUGAUGAUAUGAAUUUUUUGAAAGACUUGAUGGGUUCAUAGAGAAACGGACAAGAACUUCUUUUAAUGUCAGAAAUUUUUUAGCUGCCAAUAUCAAGAAUUGAAUUGUUUCAUCCAGGCUCCGCUGCACGAUGUGCCACAAAUACUUCAGUCGGCAGGAUUUGUGCGGACCUCAUUUCAAAAAGGAGCAUCCUGGAGCUGCGGUGGUCCCGUUUGAAGACAUGAUGUCUGGAGAAGAUCUCGCCCAGCUCAAGGAAAUGUUGAAUAUGUGUUUCCCCAAAAUUGCUCGCAAACCCUUGCCCACGAAUUGA